AUGGGCAGAGAGUCGAGGGCGGGGCCGUCAGUAUGGCUGGGAGUCCCGGUCAGGAGCCUCUUGAUGGUGCUGUUGACGGUGCAGUCGUCCGCAUACAUCCUGCUACUGCAUCACUCAAGAGUUAUGCCCGCUGUUGGUGGCCAUAGAUACAUUCCCUCGACAGCUGUAUUCCUUAACGAAGUGUUAAAGCUCGCCAUCGCCCUCACAGCCGCUCUAUACGAACUCUCCUUCACAGCACAUACAUCGACGACAGCCACGUCCCUAUUUAUCACUCUUUCUUCCAAAGUGUUCUCCGGAGACAGCUGGAAGCUAGCCAUACCCGCUAUAUUCUACACCAUUUCAAACUCACUUCAAUAUGUUGCUAUGUCCAAUCUGGAAGCCGCGCGUUUCCAGGUUACAUAUCAGCUGAAGAUCAUACUAGGCGCGGUAUUCGGUGCUGCCGUUCUGCGCAGAAGCUUACCACCAGGGAAAUGGGCAGCGCUCUUCCUUCUUUUAGCCGGUGUGGUGAUUAUGCAUAUGCAAUUCUCCUCCGACCCUUCGGACCCCGAUAAUCACAAGCAUGUAAACCUACGACGCUCCCUCUCAGAUCUAUCAGACAUCAUCAUUGGGCGGGUUGAAGAAGAAGCUCCGAAGUUGACAAAACGUUCAGCUACAUACGAGGGUAUCAUUGAAGACAUGAUGCUUGCUCAUCCACGAUUGAAUGGAAAUAUCGGCGUUCUAGCUACCAUUGGCGCCUGCAUCACUUCCGCAUUCGCCGGAGUAUCCUUUGAAAGGGUUCUCAAGGAUAGCCAUACGUCUACUUCAAUCUGGAUCCGUAAUGUCCAGCUAGCCAUUUAUUCAAUUUUCCCGGCCUUGUUCAUUGGAGUCGUCUUCACUGACGGUGAAACGAUUGCUAAGGCCGGGUUUUUCCAGGGGUACAACUGGGUUGUUUGGGCGGUGAUAGCUUCGCAGGCCAUCGGAGGAAUUGCAACUUCAUUCUGCAUGACUUUUGCAGACAGCUCUUUGAGAUUUGCGCCUGGAGGAGUCAGCAUUGUCCUGAGCACUCUAAUCAGUAGCUGGUUCUUUGGCUUCAGCCCAUCGGUAAACUUCAUCAUCGGCACUGCCAUCGUGCUCUCUGCCAUUUACAUAUACCUACCCGGAAUGCAAUCAGGGAAACCCUCCAGUUCCUCCCGCAUUCCUCCAAUCCGCGUUCAUGCAGCAGAGAAAUCCGGAAAACCCUCCAAGAUAGAGAUCGACGAGACUCUUUCACCCCCAAACGACUUUUCUAUCAAACUCCCUACUACUCCUCUCCUAAAUGAGAGUGGAAUGAGUACCUCUCGACCCAGCUCGCCUAAUCGCCACCAUUCGCGCGUCCACUCAUCGAGAGGAUCCUACUUUCCGAAGCAAGGCCGUGAUACUUAA